GGCAAUACCGAGGUCUGUCACCUGCAUGUCGCACAUACCUGGGUAUGAGUGUACACAUAUAAAUGUAUACCCCCCUGAUGGAAUGGAGUACGGGUGGAUGUAUGCAUGUCUUGGUAUCUGACAUAUAGAGCCUAGGUAGAUGCGAUUUUAUAGGUAUACAUAUAGAGACAUUUCGCAGACUCGCGUGGACUCGUGGGCCGUGGAAAAUUCGCAUUGUCCUCUGCAGACUUGAAGGUGACCGGCCACACUGAGGAUGGUACCGACGCUUGCCGAGGCCACGGCGGUCAGGGCUAUAGAUUCGCAUACCUACGCUGUUGAUUUCGAUCCGGAAUGGUGCGUGGGCUCAGUCCCCCACGGCGGCAUGGUGACAUCAGCCAUCCUGAGCGCCACUACGACGCACUUCCGCACGACGCUCGCCGCGCAGAACCAGCCGCAUACGAUCUCGCUGCACGUCGACUUUCUGCGGCGCACGCAGGGUGGGCCGGCGACGCUGACCAUCCGCGAAGUUAAGCUCGGCCGCCAGACGUCCAUCGUCCACGUGGCGCUGUCGCAGAACGGUCGCGACGAGGUGGUCGCCCACGCCACACACUCCAACAUGGACGUCGAGAGUGGGCUGAGCCUGCAUACUGGUUGGUCGCUGCACCCGCCGCCGCCGCCGCUGCCGGCCGACUUCGCCACGCUCGCUACGACCGGAGCGUCGGGCGACGCGAACUGGGUUGAGGAGACGAGCCGGCCUUUCGCCGAAUCCCGCAAGGUGUGCAACCGCGUGCGCACGUUUCUGCCGCGCGGCGGGCAGGUCAUGCCGGGCAUCGUAGACGAGUGGCUGCGGCUCGAGUCUGGCGACAAGUUCACAAACGAGAGCCUGGGCCUAGCGUCGGACAUGUUCCCGUCGGUCAUCACGGAUCUAUGGGGCUGCGGGUUGAAUGGCAAGGAGGGCGACGCGCCGCCUUUCUGGCACCCCACGGUGCUGCUCAACUUGGACAUCAAGAGGCUGCUGCCACCCGGGGGCGCGGAGUGGCUGUUCGUGCGAGUGCGGCCCAAAUGCCUGCGGAACGGGCGGAUGGAUCUCGAGGUGGUCAUCUUGGACCAGGCUGGCGAGGUGCUCGCCCUCAGCCACCACGUCGUCCUCGUCGUGAGCCCGGAGCGGAAUCUGGCGGCCCGGCGAGUGGGCCAGAAUAAGAUCUGAGACGUGCCUUACCGGUUGGACCCAUUGGUGACCUGCUCGCCAUCUUGUCGAGGAAUCGGGAGCGAGGGCGCCAGACGGUGAAGAGUUGGGAAGAGUGAGGGUCUCCAGUUUUACCUGAAGGGGGAGAGGGAGAUUUCAUACCCGUACUCACACGUGUACUCAUAUGCAUCAUAAUACAGUCAUAUGCAUAAUAAUACAGGUAGGUAUCCCCCAAUGCAAUACUUCCUCGUA